GGAAAACGUAGAGGAAAAACAGACGUCAUGGCCCAGAAAAACAACAUCCAGCUCGCCAUCAGGGAAUACCGGCCCUCCGAUCAACGUAUGGUCACAGAUCUUUUUUGCGACAGCAUUCGCGAGAAUAUAUACCCGGCCUUCUUCAAGUCCAUGAGCCACUCGGACCACGUGGGUGUAGCGCUGAGCAUCUCCAUGGCUGGCUAUGUGCUAGGGGGCAGCUCCUACUUUCAGGCGCUACUUUUCGGCGCGGCAUGGGCAGGGCUCAUCUACUUUUGCUGCCACGAAAUCUACGAGGGCUACAUGUUGAGGAGGCUCAGCACAGACAUGGCUGACAUCCAAGCUAACUACCUGGACAACCCGAAUAAUGGCUUCUGGGUGGCGGAGGCAGGAGACGGUGACCUGUCCAAGGUGGUCGGAAUGGUGAUGGUGAGGGGACAAAGGAGAGUGGAAGAAGACGAGCAUCAUGGCAACUUAAACGGCGGUAUGGGGACAGGAUCAUCAGCUGACGGGAGCGGAGAAAGCGGUGAGAUGUCCCACUUGGUUGUGGCAUUCCCUUGGCGUCGCAGGAAGCUAGGCUCCCAACUGACCCAAAGGGCAUUGGAUUUCUGCAAAGAGCGGGGCUUCGCUCGCCUCAUACUAGAUGUCAGCUCACCACAGACGGGGGCAAUGUCCCUCCUACAAAAGAGCGGCUUUAUUCAGACGUCGUUGCACACUAACACGCAUGCCAAUCGCUGGAUCUCCAAACUGGCCAGAAUCGGUGUGAUGCGUAUGGAAAAAUUCCUCUAAAAGACUUCAAGACCUCUUCGAACCUGGACUGUACAGCACAUUAUUUCACGUAAAUAUGAUAUAAAAUAAAUUUAGUGUGUAUUUGCUUAAGCAAUGUUCAUGACUCAAAGAGAUACCAUGCCAAAAUUAAUUACCGUCCCACUACACGAAAUAAAUACCUGCUCUUAAGUUGACGCCUCUUUUUGUACGGUCAAUAAUUGAAACAAUGGGGUAACUCAUUCUAUACAUGAUAUUUUGACACCACCAUGUGCCACAGUAUAUGUCAUGCACAAACACACUCUGUGUUUGUUCGUAGGCGGCUAUUGGUGGUUUUUCAGAUGUGCGUAUUUAAAAGAUGGCAUGAGUGUGACAACAGCUCUUUCCAUUGCUGCCUCUCUUCGGUCAACUUCUCAUCCCCUUAAAAUGCAGCAUGGUAGGGGCACAGUGAUUGAACCUGACAUGAUGGAAGAAGAACCUGAUUUGCUCAGAUAUGGGAGGUUGAAUCACGCAAAGCAAUAGGAAACUGCAAGCAGACCUCCACAGUCAUGCAAUGUUAAGUUGGCUAGAGUGCUCACAGACCUGUGUUGUAAAAUCCCUCCUUUCCUACAUAGAAUGAUUUUAAAAAUAUUAGAAGGAUGAUGUUAAGAAUGUGUUUAAUGAAUUGAUUUCUGCAGUAACACAGAUGGUUUGAUGCACUCUGUUCACAUAUUUUUCAGUAAAAUAAACCACACGUCUAUGGAGCUCACGCAUCUUUCUGCGUGCACAAUGGACAACAAAUUCAACAAAAUCACGUAAGAACAUCAUUGAACAUUUGACAGAAGUGAGACUGGACCUGAAGAGGCAUUAUUUCAGACUGACAGUAAGUCAUCAAAUUGAGACAUAUCUUCAAGGACAUGCUGCAUCUUAGCUGUGUCCGCCGUCUUCAAAGAAGACAUGAUGUGUACUGCUGCAGUUGAUGGUGGAGUGUAAAGGGGAAUAGGUUUUCAAAUUUGGAAAAUGAAAAACAAAACAAAAGCUCUAUCUCAUGUCCCCAGACUCCAAGAGAGAAUGCCUUGCUGUAGAGGGAAAAGAAAGACGUAAGAAGACGCAUUCAUUUAUUCCAUAUGGGACAAACAUAAGUACUAGUGCCAGGAAAAACUGAUGAGAAAGAAUGGUGAUCAACACUUCAAUUCAUGGUUGUAUCACAAUGUGAAAUAGUAGUUCCACUCUGCGACACCAAAAUUGAGCGAUGCAGACCAUAGAUGGAUAAAUUUACAAUACAGUAUACUGUAAGUAAACUUUAUUUUUUAAUGAAUGACUUCAUUGUAGAAAUGAUUAUGUCAUGGUACAUAACAUUAUAAUAUAAUUGAUGCAUUAAAAAAAGAAAAAAAUCUUCCUUAAUGAAUGUUUAAAACAUAAUAAUCACAAGGUACUCUGUGUGGUGAUUAUGCCACGUUUAAAUCAUUUAAUUUCUAAUCUUCACAGUAGUUUCACUUGUCUGUAUGCACUGCAGCAGUACCCACAAUCUUGGAUGGCAACACUGUUAACCUUUCCAUGAACAUUCUUGAUUUGACAGUGGAAACUGUAGUGAAACUACUUCAGAUUAUUAGGCUAUUUUGACACAACUUUACAACAGUUAUAGUAAAAUGCAUUGUUGCACAUUGGCGGUAACAUUUUUCAAAAGCAAAGCAACACAAAAUUCUGUACAAAAAAAAAAAACAGGCAUAGCUGUGGUAAUGUGUCCCAUGAACAACAAUCCAAUUCAGAAUUCAGUUAGGAACAAAUCAUGCAUGGGCACUAUAGAUGUACAUUUCCAUUUAUUCACACAAAUAUAAAUCUGUUCAUUUCACAAUGUCACUCAUAACCAUUUAUUAUCCCAUAGUACUGAGUUUUGUCUAUUUUGUGAGGUCCGGGUAUCUGUUACAGAUAUGGGGAGCUAGAUACUCCUCCUAGCCCUUGUUAUUUGCUUUUUUUUUUUCACUGUUUGUGCGGACGGCGUGUAUAAAUUGUUUGAAGUUGAAGGCCAAGAGGCUUUUUUUUCUGGGGAGCAUCUCGUUAUACUCUGGCGGAAAUGUGUCCUGGUCGACCAGCUUUAAAUUACUCUUUCCUCAAUAAAUGUAUAUCAUAAGAUUAAUGCUUUAUUUUCGGUCCUAAAUUGUGUGUCAUCUCCUGUUCAUUAGAAUUAAAGAACCUGUAAAAUGGGAGAUUUUUUUUUCCUUUUGCACAGAUAGCCAAACAUUGCAAACCAGACUGUUUGAACUUUUUUUUUUUU